AUGGAAGGGAAAGAAGAAGAUGUGAGGCUGGGAGCCAACAAAUUCUCAGAGAGGCAGCCCAUAGGGACAUCUGCACAGACAGACAAGGACUACAAGGAGCCACCACCGGCACCUCUGUUUGAGCCUGGUGAGCUCAAGUCCUGGUCUUUUGGAGGGCUGGAAUUGCUGAGUUCAUAG